AUGGCUGGCGUUGUAAGAUACCGCCUGUCUUCGAUAUUAAGACCUAUCUAUGCUCCAGGCCUGGCUUCACGAUGCUUCACCGUUUCCGCAGCACGAUCAUCUAAACCCAGCCGCUUUGCGCCCUCGCCGUCACCACCCCGUCUGGCCCCGGAAGAACAAGAGAUAUUCGAAAAUUUGCAGCAGCAGUCUACCGGAGCGUUCAGUACACCUCGAUCGCCGCCUCAGAUAAACCAGUCUCCGCAGUCUCAGCCGGAAGAUGCGCUUCAGGGCUCAGCGGAUGAGGAGUUACAUCCAGACCUACGACGGGGUGCAAAGCCGGAGUUUGAGGGAGAGAAGAAUCCAAAGACCGGCGAGAUUGGAGGGCCGAAGAAUGAGCCGUUGAGAUGGGGUGGAAGCGGUGACUGGAGCUACAAUGGGAGGGUUACCGAUUUCUGA